CUCUUACUACCUAGUCUUUGAAAACAUCUAGGGAAGGGAAAGGGAAAGACCGGUCAGUUCAAAACGCCUUGGACUCAGUCCAUCUUCGUUGUUAGCACUUCGGAUAUGCACUCACAGAAAACUCCCAGAAGCGGUUUAAGUUGCAAGAUGGUUCUUCAGGCUGUUGGUAAAGUUUUAAGGAAAUCCAAAACGAAGCCCAAUGGAAAGAAAGCACCCGCUGAAGAGAAGAAGCACUACAUGGAGCCAGAGUACACAAAAGUGCGGGUCGUGGACUUCGACCUGAAAGAUUUGGUGUCGCUUCCCACCAAAGAGAUCGACCUCAACGAAUGGCUCGCCAACAACACAACAACCUUCUUCAAUCUCAUAAAUCUGCAGUAUAGCACAAUCUCAGAGUUUUGCACUGGGGACACAUGUCAAGCCAUGACGGCCUGCAAUACGAUAUACUACUGGUAUGACGAGAGGGGGAAGAAGAUGAAGUGCACAGCGCCUCAGUAUGUCGACCUCGUCAUGACUUUUGUGCAGAAAUUAGUGACGGACGAAGAAAUCUUUCCCACAAAAUACGGUGUGUAUGAUUGCUGCCCUCUAGCAGUCAAAGAGACCGUGGCUCUGGAGCUGCAGGGACACUUGAACACACUGUACGCACAUUUCAUCGUCUUCGUCAGGGAAUUCAACCUGGUCGAGCCCAAGGAGACCUGCAUCAUGGACGACCUGUCGGAGGUGCUGUGCGCCCCCCUGCCGCCCCAUACACACAACCACGUGACCGAGAGAUGAGCCUCGAGCCGCGAACUCGAGGACGACGACGAAACGUGCGAGGCCUCCUCGGACAGGCCCCUCCGUCACUAUUUCUCAUGAGAACUGAUCAAAAGAUGGGGCUGAGGGCCGGCGGUCUGCAGUUCUCGUACCAGCACAGAUUGGUGUCAAUGUUUCCUACAGGACAAAACAAUCUGUCGCCAUUCUCAUUUAUACAGGAACAAUUUAUAUUUUACUUUGCAUUUUUAUUAUCGUUUUUGCGCAUGCGCUCUCAGAGGUUUCUGUUUUCUUUUAGGGAAUGGUGUUUCAGCUCGGCUCUCAUCGGUGCCUUAGAAUUAUAGCUAAGGUAUUGUCUGUUUAUAUGCGACAACGUUUAGAAAUGUAUCAUUGACCUCUAGCUCCCCCUUGUGGAGGGAGUGACGUCACACACACCGACUGACUUUUUAUGAUCUCUGCAGCCUUAUUUCACAUAAAACUAGUGCGAAAUCUCUCUUUUUUCAUAUUCUAGCCAUCAUUAUCCGUGUCUUUGUGUUUUUAAAUCAUUUCCAAUGUACUUAUUAGUCUUUUACGAUUAUGUAUAAAGGGUUUGAUGGUUUGAAUGAUGCUUUAGAGAAAGUCUGGACUUGCUUUGUAGGUUUCCGACAAGGAUAUUAGCGAUAUCUGCAUCUCUGCUCGCUCAGAGAGACGCUGCAGAUGCGGACUUAUGAUUGUUGCAUGGCAGUUGAUUUGCUGUGUUGCAUUGAUGAGCACAUCCUCCAGCGUCACGACCUUUAUUUUUUAUUUCACUUUUUUCUUUUAAGUUAUCAGAGGUCAUGAAUAUUGUGGCAGCCCACGUGUGUAGAAAAUGCACAUUAAGUUUUUGUUUCCCAAGAAAUAGAUUGAAGCUAUAUAUAUAUA